AUGGCAUGGCAACGGCAUUAUCAGAUCCGUCAAUUCUACACCUGGAAUGAUGUCGCUCAACGUACUGAAGUCGCUUAUUAUGCGGCGAUGUCACGGCCUCGUAUCACUGCCAAAGACGCAAUCGUUGCGGCGUAUGAAAGGCUGGGUCCAGUGUGUGGAAUUAUAAUGGCAAUCGGAUGGAUGAUUGAAUGGUUUCUCAUCAUCCUCUUGGAGUGGUUCAAACCAUCCAAUACAGUUGGUCGAGUGCCUCACUUCCUUACGACACCAUCACAACUUGAAGUGUGGAACCGAAUGGAUACUUCGCCUUAUGGCGAAGGAGAGACGGAGGCGACGCCAGACAGUGGCACUGGUGAGGUGUGCUGUCAAAGCACGACCUGUCAUCAUCCCCACUUCAUGUGA